AUGUUGUCGUUCUUGAUGAAAAAAAUGCAAAAGCAAAUUCGGAAAUCGCUUCAGGAAUGCAUCUCAAAAUUCAAGAUUAUACGCAAACAGAUUCGGUUUCAGGCGUGCAGCCACAUCCGAACGGCGUCCUUAGCCGUUAGAGGAAGGGAGAGCGACGCCGCAACGUUAUCUGACAUAGACCAGUUCCUAUUCGAAAACUUCCAAUCGCUUUACCAAGAAGAAAGGAGAAAUGAAACGAAGGCGUACCUGCUCGAUUCGCCGAUGACUCUGAAACCUCCUCCGCCGGAAAACCUCCGCCCCUCCGACAGAUUCUUCGUCGCCUCCGGUUCGUCCAGCCGACUACUCGUCGGCGAGACACGCUCUUCCGCGGCCUACGCAACAAAGGAAUUCCGCUCGGCGGAGUCGGAGGGAGGAGUCGAGAAGGACUCGAAGUAUCUGGACGAUUUCCUCGUCCUUUUGAGGCAAUCGCGUGCACCGUACGAGGAUUUCAGGCAAUCGAUGGAGGCGAUGGUGGAGGCGCAUAUAGAGCAGCACGGAAAAGUGGAUUGGGAGUAUCUGGAGGAGCUAUUACGUUGUUAUAUGGAUCUGAACAGCAAGUAUUCCCACAAAUACGUCGUUCAAGCGUUCGUGGAUUUGGUUCAGUCUCUGCGUGAGAAUUCCCAUCGGAUUCCGGCGUAUCGUCCGCCUCCUCCUCCGCCACCGCCACAGAAUGAUAGAAGAGGGGGAAAAGUCUGAAUUCAAAAUUAGCGACUAAAUCAAAAUGAUACCAUUAACAGCGUGGCAAAGUGAACCGCCUUAAAAAGUGUACGUGUUCAAAAACAAUUAAGAAAAAAAUCAAAAUGAUACCAUUUGUAAACAACU